GUGAAUAAUACUCCCUGGAGCAGGAAUAAAAAGCUAAAAUGUGCUAAAUGUAUUGUUAGCAAGUUAACUAUAUAUGUCUAAAUUCUUUAGUCACUGUAUUUCCUUUAGGAACAUAGACUUGUGAUUGCUGUGUAUACUGGCCCUUUAAGGUGUCAUCUGACAAACACUGACAGCAGCAGUGACAGUGCAGGGGCAGGCUAUAAGGAACUGGUAAUAAUUGUGAAAGAAAAGGGAAGAACAGACUGAACCAGAACACGAAGAGAAUUAGUAACAGAAGCAAAGCAGGACCAGGAAAGAGUUAAUCAUAACCAAGGCACACAGAGCAGAACAAGAGUGAAACAGACUAGGAAUAUCCAAGCUACCUCCCGUACACACUACCAUGCCUCCCCUCAGAGUGAGCAUAAUCGGUUCGGGAAAUUGGGGAUCUGCUAUCUGCAAAAUCAUUGGCAAUAACACCAAGAGGUCAAACCGCUUCAACCCUAUGGUGAACAUGUGGGUGUUUGAAGAACUGAUUGAGGGCAGGAAGCUAACAGAAAUUAUAAACCAGGACCAUGAAAACGUCAAGUAUCUGCCAGGCCACCAGCUGCCUCGGAAUGUGGUUGCUGUACCUGAUGUUGUGGAAGCUGCAGCCGGAGCAGAUAUUCUGGUUUUUGUUGUUCCACAUCAAUUCAUUGGAAGGAUAUGUGACCAACUGGUCGGUCACAUGAAAUCUGGAGCGUUUGGGAUUUCUCUGAUCAAGGGAGUAGAUGUGGGGCCAGAUGGGCUAAAACUGAUCUCAGACAUCAUCCGUGAGAAGCUCGGAAUAGAAGUCAGCGUCUUGAUGGGAGCCAACAUUGCCAAUGAGGUGGCCGAUGAGAAAUUCUGUGAAACUACAAUUGGUUGCAAAAAUCCACAUCAUGGUCAGAUCUUUAAGGAACUAAUGCAAACCCCAAAUUUCCGCAUCACUGUGGUAGAAGAUUGUGAUACAGUAGAGAUCUGUGGAGCAUUGAAGAACAUUGUUGCGGUUGGAGCUGGGUUUUGUGAUGGACUGGGCUUUGGUGAUAACACAAAGGCUGCAGUGAUUCGGUUGGGCCUCAUGGAAAUGGUGGCGUUUGCUCGUCUCUUCUGCAAAGGCUCUGUAUCUACUAAUACCUUCUUGGAGAGCUGUGGAGUGGCAGACCUGGUCACUACCUGCUAUGGAGGCAGGAACCGAAAGGUGUCAGAGGCUUUUGCCAAAACAGGAAAAUCUAUUGAGGAGCUGGAAAAGGAAAUGCUGAAUGGUCAAAAACUGCAAGGCCCUCAGGCUUCCCUGGAGGUGUACAAAAUUCUGAAGCAGAAGGACCUGAUCGAAAAAUUCCCUCUGUUUGUGGCUGUUUAUAAGAUCUGUUAUGAGAGAUGUCCAGUUCAAGAAUUCAUCUCUUGUCUGCAGAACCAUCCAGAACAUUAUUAGCAGAAAGGAACUCAAGUAACUUCUGUCUGCUAGUACUUCCGGAACAGAAAAAAAACAGGAAAAUCUCUUAGUUACUAAAGCACAUGCAGUAUAGAGCAGUCAUAAAGAAUAUAUUACGUUUUAAAUUAGAUUUUAAAUGAGAUAUGGAAAGUGAGGUUUGAGACAUUUUGAUCUUAACAAAAACUUUUUUCCAGCUAUUUUCAUUAUGAGGGAAGUAUGUGACGAUCCACAAUUGGUCAGAAACUUUGGGGUCAACUUAUUAAAUGCCAGGCGGACAUGAUACGCUGUCAGCAUUUAACAUUGCACAAGCAUUUCUUGUGAAAUGCUUGUGCAAUGCCGCCCCUGCACAUUUGCGGCCGCUAGCAGGGGGUGUCAAUCAUUCCAAUAGGAUCGGGAUGUUUGCAGUCUGACACCUUUUCAGCAGUCUUGUAGAUAAUGAAACAUAGGGGUAGAAAGCAGCAUCCGCUGCUUAUUAAAUCUAUGUUUCAUUAUCUACAAAGUUCUCUCAAACACAACAAAACGAUGAUGAUUAAAUAAUGUUCAUUAUAGUUUUGCUCACACAUAAGGCUUUCCGGAAUCCAUUUUCCAUGACGGUCCCCAGUUUCACAGUUGCAAGUUUAGGUUUUUAUGGCCAACACACUGGGACGGAAAAUUUAUGGGAAAAAGAGAUUUAGAAUUUUACUUCUGCAUUAGGUCGGCCCUUCCCUCCCAGUUCUGUAAAGUUGUAAAAGUCCAGUUUGUCUCCUAAACACAUAACUGUCUUCUCAAUUUAACCCCUUAACAACCAGCAAUGUACAUAGUAUGUCGUUAAGGAGUUCCAUGUUUAUAAUAGCGCGGGUCCCACUGCAAGCGGCAGGACCACGCUAUUAUACCCUUCCACCCUGGUCAACGGAAAUAGCACAAUGUCACUGCUGGUAGCGAGACCGCGCUAUUGGUAACGCAAACCCCAUAUAACGCUAUUUGGUAACACAAACUGCAUAUCAGGGGUUAAAAUAUGAAUUCAUUAAAGGGACAGUCAACACCGGAAUUGUUGUUUUAAUAGAUAGAUAAUCCAUUAAUUACCCAUUCCUUAGUUUUGCAUAACCAACACAGUUAUAAUAAUACACAUUUUACUUGGUGAUAAAAGUAAAUGAGAAAGUUGUUUAAAAUUACAUGCCCUAUUUGAAUCAUCAUAAUUUUUUUGGAUUUGACUGUCCCUUUAAUAUUAACCACCUGCAAAUGGGGAUAAACACAUAGUUCAGUCCCAUUCGGGAGACUUAAGAGAUUGCAGCUUCAGAACUGUAUAUGGCCUGUGAUUGUCAGUUACAUGAGUAUCCUGCUCCUAAUUGGCUUACUGGAUAUGCACUGUUCAAUAGCUGCAAUGACUUGCAGCUUCCAAGUCGGGUUUUAGCUGUGUGUUUCAUUGACUUUGGGCUCCAUUUAUCAAGCUGUAAUAGCGAGCCUGCAGUCGAGAGUUAAGAAGCAGUGGUCAUCAAACUGCUGCUUCUUAGCCCAUUACGCCAACUGCUCUGUGGCGUAUCUCUUUCUGACCGGGGAGAUUAAGAGCCCCUGCUCACGUUAUUGGUGUGGCACACUUCCAGUAGUCUGCAAUGAUAAAUGCAGGCAGCAUAUUGCUGCCCACUAGAUGUGAUGCCAGGCGGACAGGGGCAAAGAUGUACACCCCUGUCUGCCCGCUGCUUGUUAUAUCUCGGCCAUUGUACAAAUUUAUAUUAUGCAUAUGAAAAAGAAGUAUUUGCAUGUGAAAAUAGGUUUAAAAAAAAAAAAAAAAAAAUCUAUUUAGACUGAAAGCAAUAAAUUGUACUUAGGGACACGCCACUGCAAAUAUCAUAAUUUUUUUUUUUUUUUAUUCAGGAAAGAAAUUUAAAAAUGGAAAUUUUGAAUGCCAUCUUUAAGAUAAAUCAAAUAAAAAAGCCAACUACAAUCUACCAUUAGCCCUUUUGUAGAUUUAAACACAUUUAUCAAAGGACACUACUGCAAUGCUCUUAAGAAUCAGAACAUUUUAUUUUCGCAUAAGAAUCUCCCUUUAAAAGAUCAAAAUUAGAUUUAGACUAGGUUUUAAAGCUGAACCGUCAUUCGUGAUCUGUCCUCACACAAUAUAUAUGACAACAAUUUUAGCAUUCUUUUUCAUCUAAGCUUAAACGAACUGAAAAUAAUUAUAUUAUGCACAUGAAAGAUCACUACUUGAACAUAUUAAAGGGGCAUGAAAGUGAAAAGUCAAAAUUAAACUUUCAUGGUUCAGAUAAAACAUGCACUUUAAAAAAUCUUUUGAUAUUAUUUGAUGAAGAACAUAUAUAGCACCGGAAGCAUGCACUAUAUGGCAGAAGUAUUUGCCACAAUGUUAUAGACUGUUGUAAGCUGCCAUAUAGUGCUAAACAUAUUUACACACCCCUCAGCCUAUCCAUGUUCUUCUACAGAGGUUACCAAGAGAAAAAAAUAAAUUGGAUUUUUAAAUUGUAUAUUCUGUCUAAAUUAGGAUAAUAUUAAAGGCGCAUAGGCCAAACUUAAACCAACAAGAGGUUCAUGCUUGUGCACGUCAUCCUCCUUAGGGACCAAUUGCUCACUGGCUAAUAAGGACACUUCCCUAACUUUUAUUGGUACUGACAUGACCUACAUGCAUUAGAACAGAAAAUUACUAUGUGCUGCACGGCACGAAACGCGUAAGCACACCCCCCCCCCUUCCUUGUGUUUGUAGUUUUUCUUUCUCAUGCCGGAAUAAAAUAGGGUUUUUAACUUGGAUUCCCGGGUGUGCUGCCUCUUCUUCCUUCUAAUAAGGACAGUUCCCUAACUUCUAUUGGUACUGACAUGCCCCACAUGCAUUAGAACAGAAAAUCUUAUCCGUGCAAUGAUUAAAAAAAAAAAAAAAAAAGUAGAAGAGUAGACAGAUUUAUUAUUAUGAGCUAGUGAGGAUUACCAUAGUAUCAGUUUUGUGCUACUGCUACUUUCAAUUUAAAUUUUUAUAGAAUUUUCUUAAAAUAUUUUUUCCAAAGUAGGUUUCUUUCCGUUUUUUAUAUGCAUAAUUUAAAAAACAAAAUGGAAGAGUAAAGUGUCCCUUUAAUAACACAAAAUAAUCCAUGCUGAUUUCGGUACAUGUUUAUAAUUAUUAAGUGGCCUUUCAAACUAUUUACAGAUAGUUUACUAGCAUUAAAAUGAUUGUCUGUUACUUGUGACAUAUAGACAACUGCCAAAAAAACCCUGAAGGAAACUAUAUGCAAUUUUUUCUUGGUUCCUUCAUGAAAGAGUAUUUAAAAGUGAAUUUUUUUUUAUUAGAAGAAAAAAAAAAUGGUUCUUAGCAAAAUAUUCUCCUUCUGCAGCUCCAGAGCUAUGCGAGUUGUAUCUGUAAACUAAUGACAGUGAAUGCAACAUGCUAGUUUCAGCUUACGGUUUAAUUACUACUGUUUCUGAUGCAUGCUAUACACUGUAUAGUAACUUGCUUGUCACAGAGCUUGGUGUAAUGAGAUUUGCACAAACUACAAAAUACUAAAAUUGUCUUAAAGUUCUCAUUACUAUUUAACCCUGUGAUAAGGCAUCAUAGUGAAGUUAGAAACCAAAUUAAAUUAUUGUUAUUGUAUCCCCAUUUUUCUCUAACAUUACUGAUGACCACUCUAUACAGUGACACGAUCAGGUCACAGCAUGUUCCAUUUCACCUCCGAUGGAUAAAAUGUUGUUGUUUUAACCCCACAGUAUAACUGUCCCCACUUAACCCACUCUCUUCACAGUGGGUUGCAGGUUUGCUGUUGGUAAUGUAAGAGAUAAAAUUAUUAUACUUGUCGCUUUUGAGCAGUUCACCGGCAGCAUAAGCUGCCUCACUUUCCUCUCACUUCGUUAGAGCAUGGUGGGUUUAUGCAGGUUCUCAAUUACUUUUAUGGCUGUCAGUUAAACGCACAUUUAGCAGCAAAGUGGAUAAUUACUGCUGCAAAUAAAUUGCUGCAUUCCGCACAUUUUAUUUUCUAGUCACUUGACUGCAAUUCUACUUACAUAAGCUUAAUAAUUGCACUAAGUUUAUUAUAAGGAAACAAUACAGUUGUGGUUUUAUUAGUUUUGUGCCAAUCAGAGAUGAGGUAACACCAUGUUUGUUGGUUGUGGUAGCUUCGUAUUAUUCCAGAGAUCAAGCCAUAACGUACUCCCUAUCCAUGAAAUUUAGGGGUACGUACAGUGCUUUAGUUCAGAAAAAGUAGGUCAUACGCUUCUCAUCUAUCUUUCAUGGCUUUAUUCAUUAAAAUGGUGUAAUGUAUUUUUAAUGUUUGUAAAUGGAAUACGCAUUCAGUUUUAAUGUUGCUGUUGAAAUAAAAUUCUGUGGUGUAUAUGA